CACUCUGUCGUUGACCACCUUGCAGCUAACUGAUCCACCGUAUCUCUGUUACGUUUUGUCGAUGAGAUCCCACGGACAAAUCUUAGGCCACUUCCAUAUGCUUUUUCAGGUCUGACAUUGCAUUGGUCCUGUAUUGAGCGUGCUGGCUCACUGGCAUGGUCAACAGGCAGCUCAAGAGAGCAGGACCACAGCUAAUGUAAUUAGGUCCACCCUGUGGUUUUUCUGCUGUGAAGUCAAAGUAAGAGAAGAAGACAAGAUUUCUUCAGAUGUUGUAUCCAGAUAAGGAUGGAGGAGGAUUGGGGUUACAAUGCCCGGAAAAUCUCUAAAGUUCUCUCAAGUUGUAAUCUACUCUUCUCAUGAGCGAAUGAUGCACGCUGCAAGCCGUGUGUGUGUGUAGUGUGAGCGAGAGUCAUCGGCGUGUGUGUGUAUGCUUGUCUCUGUGUGCGUGUGUGAGUGUGUGUGUGUGUGUGGAGAGAGAGAGAGAGACAUAGACCGAGCCCCUAACACGGAGCAUGCCUCUGCGUCCGGCAGCCGGCAAACAUGAGCCACCCAGCCCUCCACGGCAGGACCAGCAGCAGCAGCAGCACCACACACACACACACUCACACACACUCACACACCCUUACACACACGCAGCAAACGGCAGCCAGGGGGCCAGCACUGACAGCGGCAGCUCCCGGGAAGAGGACAGCGGCGUUCCUGAUCCUGUCGGUGUUCUGGCUUUCCGUCCCGGUGCACAGCGGAGCCACAGUGCAAGAGCACCCAUGGAGGAGCCGACAGGCAACACCGUGGUCAUCCGCAUUGGUAUCCCAGACCUACAACAGACGAAAUGUAUGAAAUUCAAUGUGGAUGCUCCUAUCUGGCUGUCCAAGCAGCGGAUCCUGUGUACUCUCAACCAGAGCCUGAAGGAUGUACUCAACUAUGGCCUAUUCCAGCCAGCUUACAAUGGCAAGGCUGGCAAAUUUCUGGAUGAGGAGAGACAGUUAAGGGAAUACCCCUUCCCAUCCAUUGCACCUGUACCUUACCUGGAGUUCCGCUAUAAAAGACGUGUCUACACCCAGACUCACCUGGAUGAAAAGCAGCUGUCUAAGCUCCACACAAAGGCAAACCUGAAGAAGUUUAUGGAGUAUGUGCAGCAGAGGAACAUUGAAAAGGUCUCAAGGUUCCUGGAAAAAGGCCUGGACCCCAACUUCCAUGAUCCAGACACAGGAGAAUGUCCUUUAACGCUGGCAGCACAGCUGGAGGGAUGUGCAGAGCUCAUCAAGGUGUUGAAGAGUGGAGGGGCACAUCUGGACUUCAGAACAAAAGAUGGCAUUACUGCCCUACACAAGGCUGUGCGCAGCAAGAACCAUACAGCACUUAUAACACUGUUGGACUUGGGUGCAUCACCUGACUACAAAGACAGUAGGGGGUUGACUCCUCUUUACCACAGCUCGAUGGUGGGAGGAGACCCCUACUGCUGUGAGCUGCUGCUGCAUGAUCAUGCACAGGUCGGCUGUGUGGAUGAGAAUGGCUGGCAAGAAAUACACCAGGCAUGCCGCUAUGGCCACGUGCAACACCUGGAACACCUGCUGUUCUACGGAGCUGACAUGAGCACCCAGAAUGCAUCUGGAAACACCGCCCUGCAUGUGUGUGCCCUCUACAACCAGGAUAGCUGUGCACGAGUUCUCCUGUUCCGGGGGGCCAAUAAAGAGAUAAAGAACUACAACAGCCAGACUGCUUUUCAGGUGGCUAUUAUAGCAGGAAACUUUGAUCUGGCUGAAAUCAUAAAGGUCCACAAAGCAUCAGAUGUUGUGCCUUUCAGGGAGACCCCCUCCUACACCAACCGUCGACGUGUGAUGCCUGGCUCCCUGCCUUCGCCACGUUCCCUGCUCCGCUCUGCGAGUGACAACAAUCUGAAUGGGGACCAUGAUCACAUCCACAGUCAGACCCCCCGAGAAAUUCGCGGCCGUCAGGGUCACUCCCCUGUCCCCUCGCUGCGCAGUCUGCCAGCUCUUGGGCAACAGCACAGCAGCCUUGGAGAGAGCCGUCACGGUGAGAUCCCUGACAGCAGUCUCCAGAGUACAGGCAGCUCCAGAUCCUCCCAUUCACGCUCGCCUUCACUACAUCACAUGCAUGAGGAGGACAAGCCAAUUCCUAGAAGGUCCCACAGCCAUGGCUACCCUCAUGGACACGGCCCUCGUGGAAGACUCAGCCCCGGCUCAGUGCAGCGAGACCCAAGCCCCCCCCAUCACACCCCUCCAGCGCUGACAGGCCCCCGCGGGCCCAAACGGAAACUCUACAGUGCUGUCCCAGGACGUACCUUCAUCGUGGUCAAGCCCUACACACCACAGGGGGAGGGAGAAAUCCAACUCAACCGUGGAGAGAGGGUCAAAGUGCUGAGUAUAGGAGAAGGAGGAUUCUGGGAAGGCACGGUUAAAGGGAGGACAGGCUGGUUCCCAGCAGACUGUGUAGAAGAAGUUCAGAUGAGGCAGUAUGACCCACGGCUAGAGACUCGGGAGGACCGCACUAAGAGACUGUUCAGACACUACACUGUGGGAUCCUACGACAACUUCACCUCAUACAGUGACUAUAUCAUAGAGGAGAAGAAUGCUGUUUUACAGAAGAAAGAAAAUGAGGGGUUUGGCUUUGUCCUGCGGGGAGCCAAAGCUGAGACGCCCAUUGAAGAGUUCACCCCAACCCCAGCAUUCCCUGCCCUGCAGUACCUGGAGUCUGUGGACGUGGAGGGAGUGGCCUGGAGGGCUGGUCUGAGAACAGGAGACUUCCUCAUUGAGGUGAAUGGGGUCAAUGUAGUGAAGGUGGGCCAUAAACAGGUGGUGUCCUUGAUCCGACAAGGGGGCAACAGGCUGCUGAUGAAGGUGGUGUCUGUCACACGCAAACCUGAGUCUGAGGAAGUCGUACGUAAGAAAGCUCCCCCACCGCCCAAGAGAGCUCCCAGCACCACACUGACACUGCGCUCCAAGUCCAUGACCGCUGAGCUUGAAGAACUGGCUUCUGCUCGGAGGAGAAGAGGAGAGAGACUAGACGAGAUGUUGGCAUCCCAGGAGUCUAUGUUGCGUGCUCAGCCCUCGGAGGCAGAUUACAGAGCAGCCACUGUCAAACAACGGCCUACCAGCAGGAGAAUAACACCAGCAGAGAUCAGUUCACUGUUUGAGAGACAAGGGAUGACUCUACAUGGAGGUCUUCACCCAGGCAUUGAGAGAGGUCACAUACCACUACCAAAGGGGAUGUCCAGGACCAAGUCUUUUGGUGCCACUGAGGAGGAUCGGCUGUCUGCCCUUGCAGGCGAACACCGAUUUCCCCGUAGUUCCUCUAUGACAGACAGCCUCCGAGACCAUUCACAGCCGCAUCCCAUCCCUCCACCUCCACAAACGGCACCUCCUCCUCCCCCUUACUACCUAGACACUGGUCCUCCCCCAGCCUUUUGCCCUCCUCCUCCCCCAUCUAGGACCCAGAGUCAGGGCCAUGAGCCUGGAGGACGCUCCAGCUUCAAGCCCUCCUCGUUGGACCUGCCUUACGAGGCCGCUCAACGUCAGGCCACACACAUCGAGAGACAGAAGAAAGCACGCUCCAUGAUCAUCCUCCAGGACUCUUCCCAUCUACCUGUAGAACCUACAGAAAUUCCCCGACCAUCUGCUGCUACUCCACCUGAGCGAAUCAAAAGGAAGGGUCGGGUUAUUGACAACCCUUAUGCUAAUGUGGGUCAAUUUAGCAUUGGACUGUACACACCCACCAAGCCCCAGAGGAAGAAAAGUCCCCUGGUGAAACAGCUACAGGUGGAAGAUGCACAAGAAAAAGCUAGUUUGGCCUUAGCUGCUGCCCACUCCCGAGAGAGCUCACCCUCAGGACGACACCCACAUCCCCAUGGGCACACACACACCAGCCGCGCAGACUACUACCAGCAGCAGCUGGCGGCUGAGCGAGAGCGUUUGCGUGCCCAAGGAGAGAUGAUGUUUCAGGGUAAGGGCCCCUUUGCUGCUGCUAUCGCUGGAGCAGUCAAAGAUCGUGAGCGUCGCCUAGAAGAACGGAGGAAAUCCACUGUCUUCCUUUCUGUUGGGACCAUGGAGGGGGCGUCUGCCACCAGCUCUGACUCCCCCUCUCUGACUCAGUCUCACUCUAUCGAUGAACGGAUGCUCACUCGAGAGCUGGGACAGCUGCCUCCCCCUGCCUUGGCCCUGAGCCCCUCCCCUAGUGGGACCACCUUUAUCCAUCCACUCACAGGAAAGCCCCUGGACCCCAACUCACCACUGGCUCUUGCGCUGGCCGCAAGGGAGAGGGCACUGACCUCCCAGAGCCAGUCCCCAACUAGCAGCCCAGAGCCUAGGACUAAACAGGAGCGGGCAGGCCAGGGCAUAAUAUUCAUUGACACUCAGACCAAAGAGUCUCCACAUGAAGGGGCACCCACAUCUCCCCCUUUCUCGCCUAAAAGCGCCAAGGCAGCGGGGUAUGGAGUUGGAUCCUCCCCAGCAUCAGUUUUAGUUCCCCAAUCCACCAAACCACAGUGGGCCUCAUCACCGUCACCUGUAUCAUUCCGGCAGGAGAUGGAGGCCAGAGUAGAGGAGAGGAAGGAGGAGAAGAGACUUGAGGAUAAAAAAAGUAUGUUGAUUAGUAUUAUGGAUACGUCGCAGCAGAAGACAGCGGGGCUGAUCAUGGUCCAUGCCACCAGUAAUGGCCAGGCUGUUGGGGUGGGUUCAGAAUUAGAACAGACCCCUACCCCAGCUUCCAUGGAGCCAAGCAAAUCUCCAAGUCCACGGGCUAAAUCCCCCAGUCCCACAGUCUCCCAGCCCCAACCCCAGCUCCAGGCCCAGCCUCAAACUCAGCGUCCUGCCAGUCCAGCCCAAGAGAAGAGUCUGGCUCAGGGAAGCUCCGAGGAGGAUGUGGAUCCAUAUACAGUGACCCUGCCCCCUGUAAUGUUGUCCUCCAGUGAUGAGGAAACAAGAGAGGAGCUACGUAAGAUCGGAGUCGUUCCGCCACCAGAUGAGUUUGCUAAUGGGCUGCUGGCACAGGCACAGGAGACACAGGUGUCCCCACCUAAACCUGCCACCUCUCCCACAGCCACUACGACACCAACACCGCAAACUCUUUCGACCCCAACAACCCCAAUUGUGACCCCCACACAGCCUCAGCCUCCCCAGCCCCCACCUCCACCCAGUGCAGCAGCUGUCUCAGGGAAGCCCUCAGACCCUCUGGAGCCCCCACCGGUGGGCGAGUCUGGCUCUGCAGCUGACUCAGGCGUGGAGGAGGCUGACACGCGCAGCUCCAGUGAGAGAGAACGAGACCACCAUCUCGAGACCACCAGCACCGUCUCCACGGUUUCCAGCAUGUCCACAUUGUCCUCAGAAAGCGGCGAGCCUGCCGACACACACACCACACACACCUCCUAUGCCGACGGGCAGACUUUUGUGCUCGACAAGCCGCCAGUGCCUCCUAAGCCCCGACUCAAGUCCCAGAUAGGAGGCAGUAAAGGCCCCGUCACCUUCAGGGACCCUCUGCUGAAGCAGAGCUCUGACAGUGAGCUGCUAUCACAGCAACAGGCUGCUGCCCUGGCUGCUGCUGCGGCUGGAGGAGCUGGGCUCCCCUCCGGUGGUUCAGCCUCAGUGACAGGACUCGCCCCCACCAAGCCACGCUACCUCUUUCAGCGGAGGUCCAAGCUGUGGGGGGACCCAGUGGAGCCCCGUGGGCCAGGAGUUGGGCUUGGUAUUGGGAGUUUGGGCAAUCUUGGUGGGCUGGGACUGGGGCUGGGUGCAGAUGAGGGAGCAAAACCAUCUGUUAUGGGGGAGCUCAGUUCACGACUACAGCAGCUAAAUAAAGACACUAGGUCACUGGGAGAGGAACCACUGGGGGCAUCACUUGACCCAGGAAGGAAGUCACCUGUGGCAGGUGCCAGACUUUUCAGCAGCCUAGGCGAGCUCCACACCAUUUCUCAGAGAAGUUAUGGCACCACAUACACCAUCCGCCCUGGCAGCCGUUACCCCAUCACCCGACGCACCCCCAGCCCAGGCUCAGGCUCACCUGAUCGGGGCGACCCUCUCGGACGAUUCUCAGGCUUCGGCCUACCACCCUCACCGACCACACCACCACAAACCAUCCUCAAAUCCUCUAGCCUCAGCCUACCCCAGGAGCCUAAAGAGGUCCGCUUUGUAAUGAGGAGCUCCAGCGCCCGCUCCCGCUCUCGUUCCCCUUCCCCAUCACCCUCCCACUCCCCUGGGCUAGGAUCGCCACUUUUAGCCCUCCGGCCUUUCCACCAAAAACCCCUCCACCUCUGGAACAAGUACGACGUUGGAGACUGGCUGGAGAGCAUCAAUCUUGGGGAGCACAGAGCAGGGUUUCAGGAACAUGAGAUCGAAGGCUCUCACCUCCCAGCUCUAACCAAGGAUGACUUUGCAGAACUGGGAGUGACACGAGUUGGACAUCGCAUGAACAUUGAACGAGCACUAAAACAGCUGCUAGAGAGCUGACCCCUGCCCUGAGACACAGCAACAGUUAGAGAGAAAGAUGAGGAUAGAAAUGGGGAAAAUACAGAGUUGAUGAAAAUAAAGAGAAAAGAUAGGGACCGCUCCUCUUUUACUCUGGCUGCUUUUAUGUUCUGCAUCACAAAUGUUUACUUGUGGUCCAUAGUGACACUUUACGUUCCCUUUCUGCAUUAAUACCCUGCACUUGGCACUGCACUGAAGAGGAGGAGUCAAUACAUUUGUCCCCCCCUACUCGGCCCUUAGUGUCUGCCCACCUCCUUGCCUGCAGCCAAUUAGAUCAGACCUCAAAAUGGGCUCUGGCCUUUCUUUGCCGAGGAGAAUCGCAUGAGCUCCAAUUAAAACAUUUGAUUUGUGAAAGCUUCAGUUGUUCCCUUAGUAACACCCACACUUUCUCUAGCACUAUUCCCUCCUCUCCUCUCUACCUCUAUCCCUCCAUCUAUUAGGCCUCUGAAAGCCUUCUGCAGUUUGAGUAAAGGAGGAGGAGGAAGCAUUUUUGUUCCAAACAGAAAGCUCAGUUGCCUUUCAAAAAUAUUUAUACAGAGAUCAACAAUGAUGAACACAGGACUAUGGACAUAGUGCUGACACAGCUCUGAAAAGGUGUGUCUUCUCUAUACCUGCUGUUGUUUUUAAACCGAAGACUUCAGAGCCCAGAGGUGGAGCUCCACAAAGUAAACCACGGGAGAAAACCCCUCCGCCUUGGUACCCAGACUGUGCUAUCUAUUAUAUUUGGAGAAUGUUUAACCAACACUCGUGGCUUUUUUCAUAAUCAAUUUUUUGGUUUUCCAAAGGGAAUAUUAUAUAUAGGUAUUAUAUAAUAUAAUAUAUAUGUAUCUAAAUAUAGCUUUCAGAAGAAAAGACAAUGUUGCAAAGAGGAAAUGUAAUAAAUUAAUCUGCACCUGUUUUUGGUUUUUAGUAUAGAAGGCAGAAAGAAAACUUUAAAUUUAUUCCACCAAUAGUUUACUCAUUUCUACCAAUUAUAUACAUAUAUAUAUAUAUAUAAAUAUAUAUUUGAAAGAAAAAAGUAUAU